UAAUAUUAGUGCAGAACACUGUACCUUUAAUUUAAAUGCCCUUGGAGUCUGCUGGGGAAGAGAAAUAAUACUGUCCACUCAGUAUGACAUGCAGAUGAGUGCCGUCGAUCUUAGAAUCACCGCACACUUCACUCAUUUGGCCAGUCACGGGGCCAAAACCAGUGUUUGGAGCCACAGUGUGGCGGUGGAGGCAGCAGCAAUGGGAGGCCAUACAGCAACCUAUGACAAAAUGGAAACCAGCAGGAGUGUGAGGAGACCUGAAAGUGGCACAUGGCAGAGUGUGGCGAUGGAGACAGCAGCAAUGGGAGGCCGUACAGGGACCCAU